GUUUACACUCGUCUGUAAGCGGCGUGUCAGUGUGGAAGGUGAUUAGGAGACUGUUUUCUGACUGAAUGACAGCCUGCUGACAAUAACCAUGUGGCGCAAAUUGUUCGCCUCCGUCCCUGCUUUCCGGCUUCUGAAAGCGCCCUGCAGGAGUUUCAAAAGCAGCAGGAGAUCUGACAAGGACGUAUUUGAAGAACUGGAGGAUCAGUUCCGGGCGUUUCGGAAAAAAGCUGUGAAGGCGAUGCCCGGCAGUGACUGGAGCCCGUUUGAGCUGACGCCCGGCCUGCCUCCUGAGAGGGCCGAUGUGGUGAUUAUUGGAGGCGGCGUCGUGGGAUGGUCCAUUGCAUACUGGAUAAAGAGGAAAGAGAGAACGAGGGGUGCUCUGAGGGUGGUGGUUGUGGAGAAAGACCCUACUUAUUCUCAGGCUUCAACUGUGCUGUCAUGUGGUGGAAUCCGACAGCAGUUUUCCCUGAAAGAAAAUAUCCUGCUGUCACUGGAAUCUGCUGAUUUCUUGAGGAACAUUAAUAAGCAUCUGUGGGUGGUAAACGAAGACCCCGUCGAUCUGCAGUUUAACCAUUCGGGAUAUCUCUUCCUCGCCAGUGAAAAAUCAGCCCAUGUUAUGGAGGAAAACUACAGUACACAAAGAUACGCUGGUGCAAAGGUGGUCCUCCUGUCGCCGUCUCAGCUGAAGGAGCGAUUCCCCUGGAUGAACACAGAGGGCGUCGCUCUGGCUUCUCUUGGACUAGAGAACGAGGGCUGGUUUGACCCCUGGUCUCUGCUGAACGCUUUCAGACGCAAGGCCUUGUCUAUGGGAGUCUAUCAGUGCUUCGGAGAAGUCACAGGUUUCAGGUACACCACACAGAUCGCAGAAGUUGCAGAGGGAGACUUUGUUGAUUUCAGAAGGAUAAAAUGUGUCAAUGUACGGAUGCCCAACAGUCUGGAGUAUCAGCCGGUUGAGUGCCCGGUUGUGGUAAACGCAGCGGGUGCAAACUCAGGGAAGAUUGCUGCCAUGCUGGGCAUCGGAUUGGGUCCAGAGGAAUCCGUAUCUGGUAUUCCAUUUCCUGUGGAACCCAGGAAAAGGUUUGUUUAUGUGGUUCAUUGUCCUGAUGGACCGGGCUUGGACACUCCGUUUCUGAUCGAUUAUUCAGGGGUUUACCUGAGGCGAGAGGGACUGGGAGGAAAUUACAUCACAGGAAUGUCACCAGAGGAGUCAGAAGAACCGGAUAUUAGUAACCUGGAUGUGGACCAUGAGUUUUUUCAAGAGAAGGUCUGGCAUCAUCUGGCUCACCGAAUUCCUGCGUUUGAGAAACUGAAGGUUUCGAGCGCGUGGGCUGGAUUUUACGACUACAACACCUUUGAUCAGAACGGUAUUUUAGGACUGCACCCUCUAGUGGCCAACAUGUACUUCGCCACAGGCUUCAGCGGUCACGGUUUACAGCAGUCUCCUGCGGUUGGACGCGCCAUCGCUGAGCUCAUUCUGGACAGAGGAUAUAAAACCAUCGACCUCAGUGCUUUUGGCAUCAAACGGAUCAUCAAGAAGAAGCCCAUACUGGAGAGAAACAUUGUGUGAGGAAGACGGUAUGUGUUCAGAGGAGCAGGGAAACUCACUGGAGAAACGCAAUUGAUGUUUCAGCUGGAUGAGUUUGGUGACUGAAACUUAGAUUAGUGGGAGAUUAAAGGGUUAGUUCACUCAAAAAUGAAUUCUAUUUUUAAUUAUUCGCCUUUCAAUUCCCCAAUACCUUUUGACAUUGUCAGAACAAAAAUGAGGCAGCAUGGUGGCUCAUUGGUUAGUACUGUUUACAGUUUACCCCACAGUCCAAAGACAUGCGCUAUAGGUGAAUCGGGUAAACUAAAUUGUCUGUAGUCUAUGAGUGUGUGUGUAUGGGGGUUUCCCAGUAAUGGGUUGCAUCUGGAACGGCAUCUGCUGUGUUAUACAUAUGCCGUAAUAGUUGGCGGUUCAUUCCACUGUGCGAUCCCUGAUUAAUCAGGGACUAAGCUAGAGGAAAAUGAAUGAAUGAGAACACAAAUGAAGAUAUUUUAAUCUCUGAUCCUCCAUAGACAGUCCUGAGACACCUUCAAAUGUGACUUCAGUGGUUCAACUGUAAUCAUAUGAAGCUCAGAGAACAGUUUUGUGAGCCAAAACAACUUUUAAAACUACUUUAUUCACCGAUGUUGCCCAUGUCAGGUCCCCUUGCACAUUUUAGGGAUGUUCCAAUAGUCUUUUUCUCUUCCCAAUUCCGAUACCUGAGCUCAGGGUAUCGGCCGAUACCGGAGUGUGUAUCUGUAGAAACAGUUGUCUACACUACUACUAGGCCUGUAUAAAUUGACAAAUAAUUUACGGUGUGCUUCAGACCUAUAAACUAAAUGUAAUAAUAAAUAUAAAAUUCAAAUAUAAACAAAUACAUACAGUGAACUAGAGUAUUUUUAUUAUCUGACAUUUUUAUUAUCAGCCAUUCAACAGUAAUAUGAUUUACUAUACUUUACUGAAACAAGUUGAGCCAUGAAUCAAACACUGUAAACUAAAGCGUUUUACAGUAUAACUGUAUAAACAUUUGGUGCAAAAACGAAAGAGAGAAAAGUACAGUAUGGAAAAAUAACCUCUUUGAAACUUAAAAUUCUGAUUUAUUUUUAUAUAAAAAUAGUGUGAUACCCUCUUCUUCACUGCUGUAGCAGUGGUUGUUGUGGGCAUAUGUCUCAAUUAAAAUGAUGGUAUCGGAUUGGUUUAUGGUUUCAAAUUAAAAAAAAAAAACGUAAAAGCAAUUUAAUUGCCUAUAUUGAUUAGAUCUUAGCAAAGAGUUGCAUUCUGCAUAGUAAAUGUGCUAGAGUUGUUCAGAAAUACUCGCUGAUACUGUAAAAAUUUUGGCAUCGUUAUCGGCGAGCAUUUUCUGAUCAACUUUAGCUAGCACAUUUACUACACAGAAUGCAACUCUUUGCUAAGAUGUAGGCGAUUAUGUUGCUUUUACGUUUGUUUGUUUUUUUUUGGUGCACAAGUGUUUUUUAUGAUUAUACUCCAACCACUAAAGUCACAUUGAAUGUUUUGACAAAAAUACUAUAGUGUUUUUGAGCCAUACUAUAGUAAAUUACUUGAAUUAAUAUGUUGUUCAUUAAUUUUCUUUUUAGCUUAGUCCAGGGGUGUCCAAACUCGGUCCUGGAGGGCCGGUGUCCUGCAGAUUUUAGCUCCAACUUGCUUCAACACACCUGCAAGAAUGUUUCCAGAAAGCCUAGUAAGAGCUUGAUAAGCUAGGCCAGCUGUGUCUGAUUGGGGUUGGAACUAAACUUUGCAGGACACCGGCCCUCCAGGAUCGAGUGUGGACAUCCCUGGCUUAGUCCCUUUAUUAAUCCGGGGUCGCCACAGCGGAAUGAACCGCCAACUUAUCCAGCACGUUUUUGCGCAGCGGAUGCCCUUCCAGGAAAUCUCUGGGAAACAUUCGCACACACUCAUUCACACACACUCUGACAAUUUAACCUACCCAAUUCACCUGUACCACAUGUCUUUGGACUGUGGGGGAAACAGGAGCACCAGGAGGAAACCCACACGACAUGCAAACUCUACACAGAAAUGCCAACUGACCCAGCCGAGGCUCGAACCAGCGACCUUCUUGCUGUGAGGCGACAGCACUACCUACUGCGCCACUGCGUCGCCUAAUAUGUUGUUGUAAUUGCAUAUUUGCCAUGGUUACAACAAAUAUUGUAAUAUAAAUGGUAAAUUAUACCAAUGCUGUACUGUUUACUCCAACUAUUUAAGAACACAGCACAGUUUACUGUAGUAAAAACUAAAGUAUAUUAUUGUAUUUAUUACAGAUUAUCAGGUAAUACUUCACUUUACUAUAGUAUUCAUUCAUUUACCUUCGGCUUAGUUCCUGUAUUAAUCAGUGGUCACCACACCGGAAUGAACCACAAACUUAUCCUGCAUAUGUUUUACACAGCGGAUGCCAUUCCAGCUGCAAGCCAUCUCUGGGGAAACCCCCAUACACAUUCAUACACUACAGCAAAUUUCAUUCAUUCAUUCAUUCAUUUUCUUUUCGACUUAGUCCCUUUAUUAAUCAGGGGUCACCACAGCGGAAUGAACCGCCAACUUAUCCAGCAUAUGCGGAUGUCCUUCCAGCUGCAACCCAGUACUGGGAAACACCCAUACACACUCAUUCACACUCAUACACUACAGCCAAUUUAGUUUAUUCAAUUCACCUAUAGUGCAUGUGUUUGGACUGUAGGAGAAACCCACGCCAACACGGGGAGAACAUGCAAACUCCACACAGAAAUGCCAACUGACCCAGUUGGGACUCGAACCAGCGACCAUCUUGCUGUGAGGCGACAGUGCUAACCACUGAGCCACCGUGCUUUACUAUAGUAUGGUUUAAAAACACUAGUGUUUUUUCAUGUGUGUUUUUCUGAACGUCUGACCAUUUGCUGUGUAUGGAGGAUGAGAGAGCUCUCUGAUUUCAUCUGAAAUAUCUUCAUUUGUCUUCUGAUGAUGAAUGAAGGGAAACUGAAAAGGCAUGACGGGUAGUAAUUGACAGAAUUGAGAUCGUGAACGAACCCUUUAAAGUGUUAAAUGCUGCUGUAGUUUCAACCAAAUUUACCGUGCAAAAAUCAUUGCAAAACCUCACAGCAGAGAUCCAGAAAUUCAGUUGCAUCUUUGAAUUUGCAUAUAUUUGAAUAUGCAUAUGACAGAUUCACCUUUCAGACUGUUUUUAGGUCGCCAUAUUCGUAAUGUUUCAGAAAUGAACACCAAAAAUAAUCAUAAACUUUAAAAGUUUGUCUUAAAAUCGAAUCAGACCUCAUGGACUGAGAUUUAUAAAUGUGUACAUUUUAUUGCUUGUUAAUAUUGAAUGUGAAAACACAUAAAUAUUGUGGAAGACCACCAACAAAAAUCUGUUUUAUUGUUGCGUCAUUUUAUCCGCUUAUUAAGUCGUGAUGUUUCAGUGACGUAUGAAAUACUGUUUCCGGGUCCAAGCCGCUACUCAUUUGAAUUGAGAAAAUAUUCGUUUAUGACCAUAUCACAGUUAUAGUCAUCACAGUUUAAAGUGAACUUGAUAUAAAUCACAGUGUACACAACAGUCUCUGGACUUGCUGCAUCACAAAUACCAAAAUUUUAACAUAUUAUUAAAAAUGAAUCACUUUCUGGCCAUCUGAUAUUAGGCAUGGCUAUAUAUUACGAUCGUGAUUUUCUAGAGUAAUACAUCGCUUUGUAAAUGUUUAUAAUUACCAUUUGAUGAGUCUCCACAUACAGUUUGAUAGAGCGCUUGGACCCGGAAGCCGCUUUGUGUGACGUCACACUUAACCCUUUUCUUUGGGUAUUUAUGUUUUUUUUCUAGAAGGGAAAUCAUGUUUGAGUUUGAUUCUUACCAUCAUUUCAGUUUCUAAUCUGCUGGCUUUUAAAGUAAAUCAACUUCUCGUUUUUAAAUUACCGUUUUUAUUACAUUGCUUUUGUUUCAUACUUUUCUACUGAAUUUGCGUCUGAAAUAUACUUAGCAACUUUUCU